AUGCCUACGGCGAUCAUAGCUACCACGUUGCAGGCCGCGGUCUUAUCAACUAUUUCCAACAUCCUCGCACAAUUCAUCAAAUCUAAGAGGGAGAAGAGAUCCUACGGCAUCAGCGUUCGACCUCUCCUCCACUUUGUCGUCUUCACCCUCAUAUCAUGUCCACCCAACAUCCUUUGGCAGGAAUACCUCGAGCUGAAGUUCCCUGGCUAUACCUACCAUGCCGCAACCGGGGAGAAGACAUUGGAUAAAGGCAAUACUGCACGCAAGCUUCUCUUCGAUCAGACUCUGAGCGCCUUCGUCAACACUGUAGCAUUUGUUGCUGCAAUGGCUGCGUUUAAAGGAAAAGGUCUGAGGGCCGUUCAACGAGAAGUCGAAAGAGAUGUAAUUCCACUCAUGAUCAGUAGUUGGAAGCUUUGGCCCCUGGUUGCCAUCAUCAACUUUACCCUGAUCCCUGUGGACCGCCGAGUCAUUCUCAGCAGCGUUGUCGGCCUCUUCUGGGGUAUCUAUCUCAGUCUCUUUGCAGCACUAGACUAA